AUGGCCUCCCGGACGCACGUGCAGCGUGUCCGGAUUCUGUACAAGACUAUUUUGAGGUUACACCGCGGUCUACCGGCCGAGGUCCGGCCCUUGGGCGACGGUUACGUCCGCGAUGAGUUCCGGAGGCAUAAGGGAUGCGUCGAGAGCGAGGCAAUCGUCUUUCUCCACGAGUGGACUAACUACGCAGUGUCUCUCGCCGAGCAGCUCGGGUUGAGAGGUCCUCACAUGGCACAACCAUUAGGGCGAUACCUGAAGGAAAAGGACAUCGAGAAGAUGCGAGACGAGCAAGUGUGCCAGCUGUACGAGCUGAUGAUCGCGGCGACGGGGAAGCCGAUGGAUGCGAAGGAGAAGAGGUAGCUACGUGCCACGUGUCUGCACCGAUCGCGAGUCUCUGGAGAUUCAGCUUUCAGCCCACUCGAACUUUGGACUGUCAAAGUUGUAUUGUUGUGUGAAAUGCAAAUAAAUGAUUUCCCGCACGACUCAACUCGGUCGACGAUGUCGUUCACCUGACGAUAUUGUGUAUAAUAAUUGUUGUUUGUUAUUAUUGUGUGAUAGUUGUUAUCUAAUCAUAAAUAUCAUUAUUGAGUGCAAGUUACUAUAUCUAAAGUGUAGUGUAUGACGAUAAAUACAAUAAUAAAAUUAGGAAAUACAAUACAAGCAAGAGUGCAACUGUAAUUUGUGUUGCUUUG